AUGACAGCUAGUUCGCUAAAUCAGAAAAAUGGAAAUGGUUUGGCUGAGCAGCCCAAUGAUUUUCCCAGGCCUUCUGGUGGAUCUUUAGCAUGCAUGGUGAAUUCAGAAAUUGGUGCAGUUUUGGCUGUGAUGAGGAGAAAUGUGAGAUGGGGAGUUCAUUAUGCAUCUGAUGAUGAGCAGACAGAACAUUUUCUAAUUCUAUCUUUCAAAGAACUUAGGAAGAAGAUUUUUUCAUGGCAAAACCAUUGGCAUACUAUUGAUCCGGUUUUGUACCUGCAGCCAUUUUUGGAUAUCAUUAAAUCUGAUGAAACUGGUGCACCAAUUACUGGUGUUGCUCUGUCAUCUGUUUACAAAAUCUUGAAUUUACAGAUACUUGAUUCCGAAACUGUGAAUGUUGAUAAUGCUUUAAACCUAAUUGUUGAUGCUGUGACAAGCUGUCGUUUUGAGGUGACUGAUCCUGCUUCUGAAGAAGUUGUAUUGAUGAAGAUUCUGCAAGUUCUUUUGGCUUGUAUGAAAAACAAAGCAUCAGUUACUUUAAACAACCAUCAUGUGUGUAGCAUAGUGAAUACUUGCUUCCGUAUAGUUCAUCAGGCAAGCUCUAAGAGUGAACUUCUGCAAAGGAUAUCCCGCCACACAAUGCAUGAGCUUGUCAGGUGUAUUUUUUCUCGCCUUCCUAUCUUGAAUAAAAAGGAAGAAUUGGCUCAUGAAAGCACCACUUCUCCUAAAAGAGAGGAUGAUGUAGCCGCUCAAAGUCACUCUACUGAGGAGAAGCAAAAUGUUGGAUAUACUUCUCCAGAAAAUGAGAAGAAAAAAGCUGAGAACAUAAAUGGAAAUGAUGGCACAUUAAGUGCUGAUUCUUCGAUGAUGGAUCCUUAUGGUGUUCCAUCAAUGGUUGAAAUAUUUCAUUUCUUAUGCUCUCUCCUAAAUGUGAUGGAGAACAUAGAAUUCGGUCCUAGAUCUAACCCAAUAGCUUAUCAUGAAGAUGUUCCUCUUUUUGCUCUGGGUCUGAUCAACUCUGCAAUAGAGUUAGGUGGUGCUUCUUUUGCUGAUCAUCCUAAAUUAUUAGCUCUGAUACAAGAAGAAUUGUUUUACAACUUGAUGCAGUUUGGAUUGUCAAUGAGUCCACUAAUUCUAUCAACAGUAUGUAGCAUAGUUCUAAAUCUUUACCACCACCUCCGCACUAAAUUAAAGCUACAGCUUGAAGCUUUCAUCUCCUCAGUGUUGUUGAGGAUAGCACAGAGUAAGUAUGGAGCUUCUUACCAGCUGCAGGAGGUUGCUAUGGAAGCUAUUACUGACUUCUGUAGGCAGCCUAUGUUUGUUACCGAGCUGUAUGCCAAUUACGAUUGCGAUAUAUCCUGUAGCAAUGUAUUUGAAGGCCUAGCCAACCUCUUAUCGAGAAGUGCUUUUCCGGUGAACAGCCCUUUAUCCGCAAUGAACACUCUUGCUUUGGAUGGUCUGAUUGCUCUGCUUCAGGGCAUGGCUGAAAGAAUAGGUCAUGAUUCGUCAUGUUCUGGGGAAGCCUCUGCAGAUUUUGGUGAAUAUAAGCCGUUUUGGACCGUGAGAUGCAAUGAUUAUGAUGAACCUCGCCAGUGGGUUCCGUUUAUCCAUAACAUGAAAAACAUUAAGAGAAAGUUGAUGGCUGGUGUUGAUCACUUCAACAGGGAUCCCAAGAAGGGGCUUGAAUUCCUUCAAGGGUUAAAAUUGUUGCCUGAAAAACUCGAGCCCAGAAGCGUGGCAUGCUUCUUUAGGUAUACGGUGGGAUUAGAUAAAAAUAUCAUCGGGGAUUUUCUGGGAAGUCAUGACGAAUUUUCCGUGCAAGUACUUCACGAACUCGCCCGGACAUUCGAUUUUCGAGACAUGAAUUUGGACACUGCUCUGCGUAUUUUAUUGGAGACUUUCAGGUUACCUGGCGAGUCGCAGAAAAUACAAAGAGUGCUUGAAGCUUUCGCCGAGAGCUACUACGAGCAAUCGCCAGAUAUUCUAGUCAAUAAAGAUGCCGCCCUUUUGCUCUCGUAUUCCUUAAUAUUGCUCAACACCGAUCAUCACAACGCACAGGUCAAGAAGAAGAUGACCGAAGAAGACUUUAUCCGGAACAACCGUAAAAUCAACGGUGGAGAAGAUCUCCCUCGGGACUUCUUAUCCAAGCUUUACCACUCCAUCUGUGAAAACGAGAUUCGUAUGGUCCCGGACCAAAUCGGCAGCGCUGCUGUUCUGACCCGAAGCCACUGGAUUGGCCUGAUACACAAAGCAAAACACACGAGCCCGUUCAUUAUUGCUGACUGUGGGUCCCACCUUGACUUUGACCUGUUUUCCAUUUGUUCUGGUCCUGCUAUUGCUGCCAUAUCCGUGGUGUUUGAUCAUGCCGAGCAGGAAGAUACCCUUAAGUCGUGCAUUGAUGGUUUCCUGGCCAUAGCCAAACUUGCAGCCUCUUACAACUCUGGAGAAGUACUGGACGAUCUAGUCGUGUCCCUCUGCAAAUUCACUACCUUAUUGCAUCCAUCUUUCAGCGAAAGAUCCGUUCUUUAUUUUGGGGACGACAUGAAAGCCCAGCUGGCUACAGUUGCGGUUUUCACCAUUGCAAACCGGUUCAGUGACCAAAUCCGUUCGGGCUGGAGGAACAUACUCGACUGCAUCUUGAGCCUGCAGAGGAUAGGCCUUUUGCCUGCCCGUCUCCCGAGCGAUGCCACUGAUGAUCCUGAUAAUAACGAUCAAGUGAAAACAUCGGCCGCUAAUUCUUCUUCGGCAUCUCAGCCUCCGGCGGCAACUCCUUCCCGAAAAUCGUCUGGCCUCAUGGGCCGGUUUAGUCUACUGUUGUCUCUCGAUGCUGAAGAUCCCGCGCCACAAUUCUCUGAGGAGCAUCUUGCCGCCCGCCAGCGUACUCAGCAGACCGUACAAAAUUGCCACGUAGACGCCAUUUUCGCCGAGAGCAAGUUUCUUCAGGCGGAUUCUUUAUUGCAGCUCGUCCGUGCUCUCGUCUCGGCUGGUGAACGUCCUCUGAAAGUGAAUAAUAAUAAUAAUAAUAGUAAUUAUAAUUAUAAUUACCCAGAAGAUGAAAACACGGCCGUAUUUUGUCUCGAGUUGCUGAUUGCAAUCACUCUGAACAACCGCGACAGGAUCAUGCUCCUGUGGCAGUAUGUUUACGAGCACAUAACGAGCAUCGUCCAGUCGACCUUCAUGCCCUGUUCCCUCGUGGAAAAAGCAAUAUUCGGGCUCCUCCGCAUAUGCCAGCGCCUGCUUCCUUACAAAGAGAAUCUAACCGACGAGCUUUUGAAAUCCCUUCAGCUCGUGCUGAAACUCGACGCCCGCGUGGCGGAUGCUUACUGCGAACACAUCACACAGGAGGUCAUGCACCUCGUGAAGGCAAACGCAAUGCAGAUAAGGUCCCACAUGGGCUGGCGCACGAUUAUUUCCCUGCUCUCGAUCACAGCCCGCCAUCCGGAAGCUUCCGAGAUCGGCUUCGAGACUCUGUCAUACAUCAUGUCUGAUGGGGCACACCUCUCUCCUGCAAACUACGUGCUCUGCGUGAACGCCGCCAGGCAAUUUGCCGAGUCCCGAGUAGGGAAAAUCGAGCGGUCCAUGAAAUCACUGGACCUCAUGUCGGGCUCGAUUGUCUGCCUCGUGGCGUGGUUUUACCAGACGAAGGAAGCUGCCGGAGGUGAGGAAGCUGUUUUGAAAAUGUCUCGGGACAUACUCGAGAUGUGGAUGAGGCUCGUGCAGGGGCUGAGAAAAGUGUGCUUGGAUCAGAGAGAAGAUGUGAGAAAUCACGCGAUUUUGCUUCUACAGAGAUGCUUAACUGGCGUGGAUGGUAUUCAUGUACCGGUCGAUUUGUGGAUUCAGUGUUUCGAUUUGGUAAUCUUCACUUUGCUCGACGAGCUUCCGGAAGCAGCAGCCCAGCAGAGUACGCCGAAAGAGCACCGCAGCAUGGAGGGCUCCAUGGUCUUUUCACUCAAACUUUUGUCGAAAACAUUUUUACAAUCUCUGGUUGAGCUUUCGCGUUCGGCCGCAUUCUCCCAGCUGUGGUUGAAAUUUCUCGGUUGCAUGGAAAGAUACAUGAAGUUGCGAUUCAGAGGAAAAAGGUGCGAAAAGAUUCAUGAACUAAUCCCCGAGCUUCUAAAGAACACGCUUUUGGUGAUGAAGACGAGUGGGAUUCUUGUGCCUAGUGACCUAAAUGGGGACAGCUUCUGGCAGCUAACGUGGAUACAUGUGAAGAACAUUGACCCUUCUUUGCAAUCGCAAGUUUUCCCAAGUGAGGAAUUGGAUAAAUUGCAGGAAAAACAGGCGAAAGCCAGCUGUAGCCCGCUCCCUGAUGGUAAUGUAAUUGUACCGACUAAAGAAACCGCAGCUUGA